AUGGAAGAAUUUCAAAAAUUGCCGGAAGAAUUCCAGAAAGAAAUCCUGAAUCGGCAUUGCUCCGGUUGGGCUUUGAAUGAUCAUCAUCUAGCAAAUGUACCAACUCGAAGUAUGCACCGAACAAUAGCGCUUACGUGGGGUGGAGCAACACCGAAUCCAUGGGAAAACGACACAAAUACGGCUACAUUCCAAGGUAUGAAUUCGGCUGAAGCCUUCGGAUCAGCGGAAGAUGCCAAUAUUAGGAUCGAAUAA